AUGGCGCACGCCGCGUUCGUGGGCUCUACCAAGGAGCAGCUUGUUGACAACCUACCCAAGCGCUUCAAGGGAAUCAAGUUUGGCAUCCAGUCCAACCAGGAUAUCGUCAACCAGGGCGUGCUGGAGGUUUCCCAGCGCAUGCUCUAUGACAUUGACAACAACCGAGCACCCCUCACCAAUGGAGCUCUCGAUAUCCGAAUGGGAACGUCGAGCAAGUCGGGCAAAUGCGGUACCUGUCAAGAGCCUCUCAAAUUCUGCAUCGGCCACUUCGGUCACGUACGACUAGCGCUCCCUGCCUUCCACAUCGGCUACCUUCGCUUCAUCCAGACGAUUCUCCAGAACGUGUGCAAAACAUGCGCCAAAGUGCUCCUCACCGAGGAGGAGCGGCGGUCGUUCCUCCAGGACCUGCGCCGACCCGGACUCGACAACAUCCGCCGAACGCAGAUUUGCAAGAGGAUCAACGAACAGUGCAGGAAAUGUAGGCAGUGCCCGUACUGCGGCGAGAUCAACGGCCAGAUUCGAAAGGUCGGCGUCCUCAAGCUCACCCACGACAAGUUCUCCGCGUACAAGAAGUCGACUUCGCAGAAGAAGCUCCCUCCCGAGAGCAAAAUCGCCUUUGACGCCUCGUUCGACGAAGCCAAGAAACUGAAUCCCGACUUGGAUAAGCAUCUGGCGAGGGCCAUGGAGGAUCUGAACCCGCUCUGGGUCCUCAAUCACUUCAAGAUGAUUACCGCUACGGACUGCGAGCUGCUGGGUCUGGACCCCACCGAGGGCCGCCCCGAGAUGUUCAUCUGGCAGUUUGUUCCCGCUCCCCCCGUGUGUAUCCGGCCGUCGGUCGCACAGGAAGGAGCCAGUACGGAAGACGACCUCACCGCGAAGCUGGCCGAGAUUGUCUACAUAAGCGGGCUGAUACGGACGGCCUUGAACAAGGGCAAGCCUAUGCAGACCAUCAUGGAGCAGUGGGAGUACCUGCAGCUGCAGAUUGCCAUGUAUGUCAACAGUGAUGUUCCCGGCCUUAACCAACCGGGCUUCGGAAAGAGCAUCAGGGGUUUCUGUCAGCGUCUCAAGGGCAAGCAGGGCCGCUUCAGAGGAAACUUGUCGGGAAAGCGAGUCGACUUCUCAGGCCGAACCGUCAUCUCGCCAGAUCCCAACCUGGGUAUCAAUCAAGUAGCGGUUCCCCAGCUUGUUGCCAAGAACCUGACGUUCCCCGAACGGGUGCAGAGCCACAACAUGGAGAAGCUACGGCAGUGCAUCUUGAACGGGCCAAAGGUGUGGCCCGGAGCCAAUCAUGUCAUCAAGGACAACGGAAACUGGAAGCAGGACUUGCAGUUCGGUGAUAGGGCACUCGUUGCCCGAGAUCUCAGGAUUGGCGAUGUCGUCGAGCGUCACCUGGAGGACGGAGACGUGGUGCUCUUCAACCGACAGCCGUCGCUGCACAAGCUCAGUAUCAUGAGCCAUUUGGCCAAGAUCCGGCCGUGGAGGACGUUCCGUCUGAACGAGUGUGUUUGCGGUCCUUACAACGCCGAUUUCGACGGAGACGAGAUGAACCUCCACGUUCCACAGUCCGAAGAAGCCCGAGCCGAGGCUAUUACCCUCAUGGGCGUCAAGAACAACCUGGCGACGCCCAAGAACGGAGAGCCCAUCAUUGCAGCCACGCAGGAUUUCAUCACAGCCUCGUACCUCCUCAGCAGCAAAGACAGGUUCUACAACCGAAAAGCCUUUACCUACAUCUGCACCCACAUGGUGGAUGGCGUGACUCACAUUGACCUCCCUCCCCCUUCCAUUAUCAAGCCCGAGGCCCUGUGGACGGGCAAGCAAAUCUUCAACGUGCUGAUGCGUCCGAACAAGCAAUCGCCCGUCCUCGUCAACUUGGACGCAAGGUGCAGAGAAUACUCGGCCAGGCCCGGACAAUGUCCCGACAUGGAUCCAAACGACGCUUGGCUCGUGAUUCGGAAUUCAGAGGUGAUGUGCGGUCGCAUGGACAAGUCCAUCAUUGGUUCCGGAAAGAAGAAUUCCGUCUUUUACAUCAUUCUCCGAGAUUUCGGCCCCGACCAUGCCGUCUAUGCCAUGAACCGGCUGACCAAGCUGUGUGCGAGACAGCUGGGAAACCAGGGCUUCUCGCUCGGCGUUGGCGACGUCUUCCCCAGUACCGAGCUGACCAAGUCGCGAGACCGACUCGUGCAGGACGCCUACGACAAGAGCGAUGCGCUCAUCGAGACGUUCAAGCAGGGCAAGCUCGAAAAGGCCGCCGGUUGCGACAUGGAGCAGACGUUGGAAAUCUCCAUCUCCGGUAUCCUCUCCAAGGUUCGACAGCAGGCUGGUCAGCAGUGUGUGGACGCGCUGAGCCGCAACAACGCCCCCCUGAUCAUGGCCAACUCCGGUUCCAAGGGUCUCCACAUCAACGUCGCCCAGAUGGUUGCCUGUGUCGGACAGCAGAUUAUCGGUGGCCAGCGUGUGCCUGAUGGCUUCCAGGACCGCAGUUUGCCGCACUUCCACAAGAAUGCCCGCCAGCCGGCCUCCAAGGGUUUCGUGCGCAACAGCUUCUACUCGGGCCUGUUCCCGACCGAAUUCUUCUUUCACGCCAUCUCUGGACGAGAAGGUCUUAUUGAUACCGCAGUCAAGACGGCAGAAACAGGAUACAUGUCUCGACGACUGAUGAAGUCGCUGGAGGACCUUUCCACGCAGUACGACAACACCGUCAGGACAUCGUCGGGGACCAUUGUGCAGUUCCAGUUCGGUGCGGACAAGCUCGAUCCCGUCGACAUGGAGGGUUCGGCCGUGCCUGUGCAGUUCGACCGUACGUGGACUCACGCAGAGAGCACCACCUGGGACAACAAUGAGAGAUCGCUGCUCCCUCAUGAAGUCCUCGAGGUCUGCACCAGCAUGCUGGACAAGGAAAAGCUCCGCUACAAGAGACGACGGUUGGUGGACAAUGCCCUGCUCGACUAUUCCGAUCCAACCGACGAAGCUCUCGACGAGCACGAGAGCGCACGAGGCUUCAUCGACACAAUCUACUCAUACGUGGCUGAGCGAGCACAAAAGAUGUCCAAAGCCCGGGAACUUGUUGGGCUGGACCCGGACCCGAGCCACGACGAGGAUCUCUCCAAUGCCUCACCAGAUCUCAAAGCCCGACUGGCCCGUGUCGAGCGAGUUUCCAAGAUUUCUCUCACGACUCUGCAGAGGUUCGUCAAGGAGUGUCUGGAGCGGUAUCACAAGGCCCACGUCGAGCCGGGCCACGCCGUAGGUGCCGUCGGCGCGCAGUCUAUCGGUGAGCCCGGAACGCAGAUGACUCUCAAGACGUUCCAUUUCGCCGGUGUCGCCGGUAUGAGUAUCACCCAGGGUGUUCCCCGUAUCAAGGAGAUCAUCAACGCGUCCAAGAACAUCAGCACGCCCGUCAUCACAUGCCCCCUGCUCAACGACAAGCAGAUCGAGGCCGCGCGCAUCGUCAAGGGUCGCAUCGAGAAGACGUAUGUCAUUGACGUGCUCAAGGCGAUCGAGGACGAGUGGGUGAGCGACCGCGGCACCAUUGUGCUGUACAUUGACAUGGAGGCGCUGCAAAACAUGCACCUGGGCAUUGGCAUCGUAGACAUUGCAGAGGCCAUCUUGCGGUUCAAGAAGCUCAAGAUCCAGCCCACCGACGUCUCGGUCGGCCCCAACUACAUCAAGAUUUACGUGCUCAAUAGUUGGGUCGACCCCGAUGCGGCCAAGAAGCGACAGCGCAGCCAAGGCUCCCUGACGAUGACGGAAGAGGCUUCCGACUUUUUGCUGCGAGUCAACCACCUGCGCCGCAUGCUUCCCAAGGUGCCCAUCUCGGGAUACAACGAGGCGACGAGGGCCAUUAUCCAGACGUCGGAGCAGAACGAGCACACAGUGCUCGUGGAGGGAUACGGACUACGCGCCUGCAUGACCACGGAGGGUGUUAUCGGGACCAAGUCGCGGUCCAAUUCGGUCAUGGAAGCCCGCGACGUGCUGGGUAUCGAGGCCGCUCGAACGACGAUUGUCGACGAAAUCUCGAGCGUCAUGGCGGGCAUGGACAUUGACCCGCGUCACAUCCAGCUGCUGGCCGACGUGAUGACGUUCAAGGGCGAAGUCCUGGGUAUCACGCGUUUCGGCCUGUCCAAGAUGCGCGAGAGUGUCCUCCAGCUAGCUUCGUUUGAGAAGACGCCGGAUCACCUGUUCGAGGCGGCGGCCGGCAUGAAGACAGACCGCAUCGAGGGUGUCUCGGAGUGCAUCAUCAUGGGACAGACGAUGAGCGUCGGCACGGGCUCGUUCCAGGUUGUCAGGAGGCUCAACAUCCAGGAGUGGGAGGUGAAGCCCAAGAAGACGCUCUUUGAGGAUGCCUGGACGGAAACUGUCAAGGCGAAGAAGGAGCGGCGAAAGCUACGGGGGACGGUGUAGGCUUUGAUGAGAUGUGUUGUGGGAUUUUCUAAAGGCAAUGAAUGCUUUUCUGGGAUUUGCUUGAAUCUAUGUGUAUAUACAGCAGUGUCCACGACCG